AUGGUCGCCUGCGCGUGUGACGUCAUGAUGGAGCUUUUGACGGAGAGUGCGCCAUCUUGGUGUCCUUUUCUGCUAUUGAAUUGUAAAUCUAAUGCCAUCGAAUGAAACUUACACAUAUAGAGCCACCAGCUACUGCUAGAUAGUUUCCGAAAGGACAAAACGGACCUUCUGUGCGUUUCAUUGCCGCUAGAAUGGCAGGAAAUGGAGAAAUUCAGUGGUGCUUCUCUCAGGUAAAAGGAACUUUAGACGAUGAUGUAACGGAAGCUGACAUAAUAUCGUGUGUGGAAUUCAACCACGACGGCGACCUCUUGGCUACGGGAGACAAGGGAGGCCGGGUCGUUAUUUUUCAAAGGGAUCCAACGUCGAAACAAAGUCAGCCGCGUAGGGGAGAGUACAAUGUAUACAGCACAUUUCAAAGCCACGAACCAGAGUUCGACUACCUAAAGAGCUUGGAGAUCGAGGAGAAAAUCAACAAGAUCCGGUGGCUGCGGCGCAAGAACCAAGCCCAUUUUCUCUUGUCCACCAAUGACAAGACGAUCAAACUGUGGAAGGUGUCCGAGCGCGACAAGCGCAUCGACGGCUACAGUGCCAAAGAGGCCCCCGUGACGACGCUGCGGGUGCCCACGGUGCAGCCCAUGGAGCUGCUCGUCGAGGCCAGCCCAAGGCGCAUCUUUGCCAACGCACACACCUAUCACAUCAACUCCAUUUCAGUCAACAGUGACCAGGAGACGUACCUUUCUGCUGAUGACCUACGCAUCAACCUCUGGCACCUGGAGAUUACUGAUCAAAGCUUCAAUAUUGUCGAUAUCAAGCCAACUAACAUGGAAGAAUUGACAGAAGUGAUAACAGCAGCAGAGUUCCAUCCAUCUCAGUGCCAUACUUUCGUUUACAGCAGCAGCAAAGGCACUAUCCGGCUAUGUGAUAUGCGUGCAGCAGCUCUGUGUGACCAGCACGCAAAGUUGUUUGAAGAGCCAGAAGAUCCGACGAACCGCAGCUUCUUUUCCGAGAUCAUAUCGAGCAUCUCGGACGUCAAGUUCAGCAACAGCGGCAGGUACAUGAUCUCUCGUGAUUACCUGUCCGUCAAAGUGUGGGACCUAAACAUGGACAGCAAGCCAGUGGAGUGUUACAAUGUCCACGAGUACCUCCGUUCCAAGCUGUGCAGCCUCUACGAGAACGACUGUAUUUUCGACAAGUUUGAGUGCUGCUGGAACGGCUCAGACAGUGCCAUCAUGACUGGGUCGUACAAUAAUUUCUUCCGGGUAUUUGACCGGGCGGCCAAAAGGGACGUGACACUGGAAGCCUCUCGAGAAAUUGCCAAGCCACGGACGGUUCUCAAGGCACGCAAGGUCUGCACGGGCGGCAAACGCAAGAAGGAGGAAAUCAGCGUCGACUGUCUAGACUUCAACCGUAAAAUCCUGCACACGGCGUGGCACCCGCUGGAGAACAUCAUUGCAGUGGCGGCCACCAACAACCUGUACAUCUUCCAGGAGAAGCUGUAGCCAGCUGGUCGUGCCAUCAUUCCGUUGCUUGUGUCUGUGCCUUGUGGUCCCCCGUGUCGUUAACCCUGGCCGAACUUGUAAAAAUGUACAUAGCUUUAUCCCCCCCCUCCUUUUAACAGUUUGACGCCUCCCCCCCCCCGCCCCCCUCCUUCUGUAACAUACGGGUGGUUUUUUGUACGGCCAGUAUUAUGUGGGACGGACAUGUCGGCACGAUCUGGGCCUUUGCUCAAGGGACCGCCGUGCGAGGUGCACCACGGACUGCAUUGCGGGAAGAGGGCCGACGUGGACAGUUUUUUUCCCCCCCCCCACAGGGUGGUGUUGCAGCUGUGCAGCGUCUCUGCACGAUAUCCUGUCUGCACACAGGGCAGAGGGGGCAGCUUUUCUGGAUUCUGUUGACUUUUUAACCCUCAUCACUGUUAGUUGGUAUAAAGAUUGAACCAAA